ACAUCAUAAAUGAAUCUACUACGGCAGUCAGUUAGCCCUUCACAUUCAAGUCUUUAUGUAAGUAAUAAUCGGAUCAUUAGGAUACUAAUGCAUACACAAAACAAGUCGUUACAUCAGAGCUGGUUUGGAUUAGGUGUGUAACGUAAUUUAUUAACAUCCGUAUGCUGGUAUGCACACGAAGGUAUAGGGUUCUCCCAUCAAUUACAUAUCAAUAGGUGUCAUUAGUUGUGAGAUGAGCCGCAUCACAGUGCGGGCUCACGUCACAGCGGUGUCGCUACAGCGUGACACGCGACAGUGUGUGUCGCCGGCGUGGCUGUGUGCGUAGGCGGUGCGCACGCGCUACGGCGGCGUAUUUACACCGGCGCCCCCUACCACCGCGGCCACUCAUGCGCUGCGCGACCUGCCGAACACACGUGCACCCCACCACUGACCGGCGCGGUGACCCUCGGGACACAACACAACCGACAUUCCACCGCUAAGCGACAACAGUGACACUACACCCCCAGUAUGUGCAGUGACUGAACACCAGUGACAAAAAUUUACAACUAGAGUGAAGUGACUUUACAGCGUCGUCGUGUGAUGUGCGACUGAAGACGAAGAACAGUGUGUACUGCCGCAGCCUCAACCGUUUGACAGAAAACAUGGUGAGAGGGGCGGCCAUAGCGCUGUUGCUGGCGCUGGCAUGGGCGUGCUCGUCGCACGGCAGCGUGCUCGUGCCCACGUACGUGCUGCCGCCUGACUCGUUUGUGCGCGAUCAGCGCAGCCUCGGUGCACCACCCGCACACGACACUCAACACGCAGAAUCACAGAGAACGAUAAAGCGACUAGUUGGCGGUCAUCUCAAAAUCAAGCCAGAAAAAGAAUAUGGGGCCGCUAAAAAUUCACUAAAUUAUAAUGAGAAAACUAGUAGCGGUAAAUUCGCGGGCGUGACCGCGCCAGACCAGUCAGGCGGCAACGUGGGAUGGAAUCAAGGCAUAUGGGAUGAUGGCAUGCUCAUGUCCAGCGCCGGUGAAGGAAAAGACGCACCCAAGACUAAAGAGGUCGAUGAAGACAAGAAGACGUUAGCUGAUCAGGUGGCUGAAGGAAAAUAUGGUCUAAUACAAAAUGAAAUAUUUUCUAAGAAUCCUAAGAGGCCUGGCAUAGUCAGUUAUGAACCUAACGCAGAAACCAGAGCUAAAGAUAACCUUCAAAGUCUCGGUGGACUUAAGAAAGACGAAAUUUGGCUCGCUGAGGAUCAUUUGCUAGUAAUAAAAGGAGGAGCAUUCCCCGAAAGAACUAAAGAGACUGAAGGCAGACCAUGGCCACCAAUCGACGAUUACCAAGCGCCUAACAGGCAAGUAAAGUUACCGCAGAAACCCAAAGUACCACCGCCCUUUCCGGUACGACUCUCCGACAACGGACCGCUCGUUUUCCUCACGCCAAACGGCAGUGUCCCUGCGUCCCUUUUCCCUUCCUUCUUUACAGGAGAAGGCGAAGGCCCUCUACCUCCUCCGCCAUUCCUAUUUCCAUCGGGAGCGCCCUACCCCGCGAGUGAUUAUCAGGGAAACACUACUACCGGGGGAGCGCCGCAGCCAGGUCCUCCGUUCCCAUUCCUACCCGGGAAUGCGAGCGAAGGAGCAUUCCCCUUCCCCCCGUCCAUGAAUGGCUCUUUUCCAGAAGGCUUUCCACCGGGCGCAGUGUUUCUACCACCACCGAGCAACCAAACAGACCUUUACGACGAAGACGACCCUUCGAUUUACUAUCCGCCGCCCUACAAUUUUUCCUACCGCGCUGACUACAACAAUAAAGUGCCUGCUGGCCCACUAGUACCUGGAAUAGUAUUGCCGCCUCCUCCAGAUUUCUUUGCUCCGUUGGAGGAAAAUACGACAGAGGCUGUUAAGACUACCACUGCUAGACCAACUACAGUGAAUACAUACACAAGGACAAAGACUACGACGCGACCGCCCACAACGCACGCGGUGCAACGUACCAAGUACAAGACGCGACCUACCACCACAACUGAGGCGCCAAGGACGACUGAGAUACCAUCCACAAUUACGACCCCGCCAGUCGAUAUCAUUACAACAUUGAAGACGAGAAAACCACAGCGUAUACCGUCGAGACAUCCUGUGAGGAUUCAAAACUUGCCAGAGGAACACACAACGAGAACGAAAACCGAGAAACCUAUUUAUAAAACGCGAACCAAGGUUACAUCGAAACCUCUCUCUGUGUCUGUUAUUUACGACUAUCCAGAACCCGUUUACGACAAUAAAGUACCAACGACAUCGGAGAAACCCUACAUUUUAUAUGACGUGCCACAGAGAACACCAGCGGUCACUACGAACGAGAUAUCCUCCACGCAAAUACCGCUAAGAGCACAUUAUUCAAAUGUACACAGCGAUGUGCCAACUACAAAACUACAACCUGUCUAUAACAACAGGAAACCAAACGAAAAUGCAUUCGCAUCGUUCUACUUCUAUGAUGAACAGCCAAAAACGACACCUUCCCCAGCUACAUAUUUCGAUGGCAGAAAUUACUACAAGACAGUACCAGUGAACCCAACUCCUUACCCUCAACAACAGAAUAUCAACACACAGACUGGCUUCAACCCAGCAGUGGAUAUUUCUUACGGAGCUAUAGAUCAAGCCGAUGCGUUGUUCCUUUGGCCACAGAAGCAGGGUCCACGAACUCUCACACAGGAAUAUUUCAGUAUACAGAAACCAAGACCACAGCCUGUCUACGUCCAGCAGCAAAAACAGAGGCCGGAUGCUUUCUAUCAACAGAUCGCUGACAUACAACAAACUAUUGAUUUCUUCACGACGAAGAGACCCAAAGCUCACUCCCACAGGCCGCACACACACAAACCUAAGGCUAUUACGGGAAGGCCAGUAUAUCAGUUUAGCUACCAAUCUCAGCCCAGGCCUGAACAGCUGCCCUUCCGAGCGCCUAAAUUGGAUCCUGAACCGUUCAGGCCUAUGGUCAGCUACAGCAAACCUUUUAAUCUAGCCAAUGAUUUCAACGCUAUAACGCCGUCAGCAUCACCUGGGUACCAACAAUACUUGGUGGAAAACGUGCAAGUGACGACAGAAUCGCCCACCUCUAGCCGGUAUUAUCCCACCACGAAAACUCAAGACGACGACUAUGAAGACGCUGCUUUCUCAAAAGAUAAGAAAAAUCGUAACCAAAUUCAAGGCGAUCAGCCCGCGCAUGUGCGGCAUGUAACUAGGUAUCCGAACACAACGCCAAACCCGGUUAGCCAAGGAUAUUACACGAAACAGGACGAGACUUACUUUGAUGACAUAACAAAAAAUUCGUUUGAUGUCUUCGGUAAGAAACUAGAAGACAACACACACGAUGUAAACGGAUUAGCCGUGACAGCACCGCUCGACACGGUCAGGACGCCGAUCAACAACAAUAUAAACCUCCAGUAUGCGUACGAGUUAGUAGAAAACCAAAGCCCUAACCCGCCGGCUUUGGACCGAGAUACUCUUGUCAACUACAGACUACCGAGACCCACAGUCAAUCCAGAUAGUGAACCGGUGCCACAGGUUAACGCAGAUCUAGUGCAGCAGAAGCCACCCUCGCUGGCAGACGACACGUUAGUCAAUGAUCGUUUCCCACGUCCAACGAUUAACCCAGACAGCGAGUUCAUUCCAAUUGCCAACCCCGGCUACAGGACAGCACAGCAGUACAGAGCGCCGACGCAGGUGCAGAGGCCUCAGUUCACAGGCGAGCAGUACGACUUGAACAGGCCUUCGCUGGCGGGCGACACGGCUGUCAACUACAAAAGGCCGUUGCCACCGGUGAACCCCGACGCGGAGUGGAUAGGCCCCGUCAACUCGGCGGGCGAGGGCCGGCCCGGCUCGUUCGUGUCGUACCGCCUGCCCGGCGAGGGCGCACACGUGUACUUCCUGACGCCGCAGGCGGCGCAGGCCGCGCGGGACCGGUACCGCUCGCCGGGCUACGGCCGGUAAAACCAAAGCUCUAGUCUGAACUGUCAGCGUCGCACGCGACGUGCCGUGUAAAUAAAAGCGCAAAUGUGAUGUUAAAGUGUCCUAAGUAGUGUAAGUACGAGAGACUAGCGGGAUGGCCCGCGUUGCCAUAAUAUUUAAACAGCGAGUUUUACGUUAGCAUUAUGUGAGAUCUGUUCUCAGCAGCGAUAUUGUGAAACAUGGACGCUAUACUUUUAAUACGUUAUUUAUUAAAUUAUUUUCUAAGAGACUGUGGUGCAUGCAUAAUGAUAGUUAAUUUAUUUAUGACAGUAUUCAACGAACUAUAAGGAAUGAUGUGAUAUGUGUGUGUCGAUGAUUGUGGCAUUGUUAUUUCGUGUAAUAAUGGCAGCAAUUGUUAAUUGUAUAAAUUGUUAUUUAAAGAAUUGACGACGAAUCAAUGUGAUUUUGUAUUGUAUUUUUUAAACAAAGAAUUUGAAAUAAAAUAAUACAAAAUGUUAUUUUAAAUCGUGUUUUUGUUUCC